CGGGCGACGUCACUGACGUGUCGACAUUACAAUAGAACGACAUUCAAUAACCUGAUCAUACCAUAAGACAGAACCAGAGCCUUGUGGUUCCAAGUAAUUGAGAGCGUCGGAAAGCUUCUCUCGAUAAAAAAAUAAAAAAAACAAUAGGUAGUGGUCGCAUACAAAUACACACAGUAGCUGGCUUUUUCCCCAAAGUAAACUGGUUAAUCAGAAACCAUGUCUGUCGCAGGACUGAAGAAACAAUUCCACAAAGCGACUCAGAAAGUGAGCGAGAAGGUUGGAGGCGCUGAGGGAACCAAACUCGAUGACGACUUCAAAGAAAUGGAAAAGAAAGUGGACACUACCAGCAGGGCGGUCUUAGAAAUAAUGACCAGGACAACAGAGUACCUGCAGCCCAACCCAGCCUCCAGGGCCAAGCUCAGCAUGAUCAACACCAUGUCCAAAAUCCGGGGGCAGGAGAAGGGCCCGGGGUACCCCCAGGCAGAGACCGUGCUGGGGGAGGCCAUGCAGAAGUUCGGCAAGGAGCUCGGGGAGGAGUCCUGCUUCGGUCUGGCUCUAAUCGAUGCUGGGGAAGCUAUGCGUGAGCUCGGUGAGGUGAAGGACGCACUCGACAUGGAGGUGAAGCAGAACUUCAUCGACCCCCUGCAGAAUCUGCAUGAUAAAGACCUGAAGGAGAUACAGCACCACCUUAAGAAAAUGGAAGGCCGACGCCUUGACUUUGACUACAAGAAGAAGAGGCAGGGCAAAGUGCAGGACGAGGAGAUCAAGCAAGCCCUGGAGAAGUUCGAUGAAUCCAAGGAGAUCGCAGAACAGAGCAUGUUCAACCUGCUAGAGAGCGACAUCGAGCAGGUGAGCCAGCUCUCGGCCCUGGUCCAGGCGCAGGUGGAGUACCAUCGGCAGGCUACCGAGAUCCUGCAGCAGCUCUCCAGCAAAAUGGAGGACAGAAUACGGGAGGCCUCCAGCAAGCCCAGGAGAGAGUUCGUCCCGAAGCCCCGUAUGGUGAUGGACUUCACCUCCAGCGAGAACCACAACGGAGGAAUAACUCACACUGGCACCGCCAAGUCUCCCGCCCCCAUGGACCAGCCCUGCUGCCGCGCCCUCUAUGACUUUGACCCUGAGAACGAGGGCGAGCUGGGCUUCAAGGAGGGCGAUGUCAUCACCCUGACCAAUCAGAUCGACGACAACUGGUACGAGGGCAUGCUGCACGGCCAAUCGGGCUUCUUCCCCAUCAACUACGUGGAUAUCCUGGUGCCCCUGCCCCAUUAACUGCCCCCAUCAUACCCCAGGGGGCAGUUCGGGCCCACACAUCGGCUUCUCCCCGCAUCUGUGCUGCUGCUUCCUCAAAGUUUCCAUUCAUAGCCACAAAGACGACGCAGACAAUGAUGACAAACCGGGACAGGCGCGCGCCUGCAACGCGACAGCGGUAACCGCUCCUCUUAUUUGUACCCUAAAACGUUACCGUAAGAUCAGUGUAAGAUCUCGUUGACUUAUAUGAGAAGUUAUUUACCUUUUAUUUUUUCACAGAUGUAUUUUUUUCUCAGAAGCUGACAAGAAUACAAUGUGCGUCCCCGUCCUAUUUCACUUUUAAAGUGUCAAGUCAGUUGGAUCUUGUUCGAUGUAGAAAUAGAUAUAGCGCAUUGUACUCUGUUAACAAAAAAAAAAAAAAAAAAAAAAAAAAAAAAA